CGUGGGCGGCGUGUUCCCCGCGCCGUGCUCACCGCCGGGGCCGUGUCGCGCCGGGGGCAGCGCGGGCCCGGGGCCGGGAGAGUCGCUCCGCGCGGGAGCACCCCGGGGCCGGCACGUUGUUCCCCUGCCAGCCCGGCACUCCCCCGGGGGCCGGGCAGCGGGGACCGAGCAGCGCCCCCAGGGCCCGGCCGCACGGGGCUGGGGCCCCCGAGGAGGAGCGGCCAGGCUAGCUCAGCCCAGGGGCCCAGCGCUCCAGUCCUGGGCUGCGCCCCCCAGGAGAUGGCACAAGAACCCCCCUUCCCCGGCUCAGCCGGGGACACGGCCCCCUCAGCCGGCUCUGCUCGUCCAGCGCCGGAUGCUCUCACGGGCCGUGUGCGUGUCUCACCCUUUCCGAGUCCCGCUGGCCCCUGGCCUCGUCGCCGUCUCGUGGCCAUGAGUUCCGCAGCCGGAUGGUCACUUUGGCCGUCCCCCACUCUGGUCUCAGGAUGAGGAGCUUGGUGCUGGCGUCUCUGCUGCUGGCCGUGACUCCUGGCUGGGCCGCGCCCAAGGACAGCGUCAACAGGUCUGAGCGCCCUGCUGCGGAGCCUGUUCCCAACCUUCUGCACCCCGAGCCGGAGGAGCUGCGGCUGCUGCAGAGCUACCUGCAAAGCGUCCGGCAGAUGGAACAGGACCCCGCUCACAUGACGAGAGAGCAGGUGCUGCUCUAUCUCUUCGCGCUACACGACUACGACAGGACUGGGCAGCUGGACGGGCUGGAGUUCAUGCAGCUGCUGCUGGACGUGAUAGCCCAGCACGCCCAGGGGCAGCCCUCUCCCGACGCGGUGAUCGUGGUGGUAGACGGGAUCCUGGAGACUCAGGACCUGAACAGGGACGGGUUACUGAACCCCUCGGAGCUCCUGCUGCCCCCAGCCCAGGGCCAGCCCCCCCUGCCAGCCCAGACUGAGGCCCCCGAUGGAGAAGGGGUUGUGCAGUGGGCAGGUGAGGAGCCAGAGCAACCUGCCACGGCCCUAGCGCUCGCAGGCGCCCAGGGGGCAGCAGACCCCGGUGUGGAGCUCCCGGAGGCAGCAGGCCCCUUAGCCGAGGAGCCGGAGGCUAGGGGUCUCUUGCUGAGCCAGACGGGGCCAGAGGUGGCUCAGCCUGAAGAGGAGGCUGCCAAGGAGGCUCCAGGGGCCCCGGCCGGGGCCCCCAAUGCAGAGAUCUAGGCCCCCAGCCUAGAUCCACGGCAAGCUCAGGGCACUGCCGGGGCAGAUCAGAGCUGGCACGGGGAAUGCAGGUGCGGGGGCUGCUGUGCACAGAGAAACUGAGGUGGUGGAGCGGAAACAUCUGCCAGGGACCCCCCCACACACCCUGGAUCUGGCUGUGAGUGGUGCCGGGGGGGUGGGGUGGCGUGGCGAGGGGCUGCCUCCCUCCCCACCCCUGGGGAAAGUAGCUGCGCUCAGCCCUACCUAGCCCGCCUGGGCCCCAGGGGGGCAAUUCCUGUGGGGAGCGUGUGAGACAACCCCUCAGGACAAGGGGCCACAGGUACCUGACCCCUAAUUGGGCUGGGGGGCCCAGGAGCCACUCCGGGAGUUGCAGGCACAGCAUCAAAGCAGGGUUACCCUCGCCAGCUCUGAACUGUCCCCCCACUUGGCCCCCAAGAGUGGCAGAAGCUGGCUGCCUGGAUAGAGGGGCCGGGGGGGGGGAGGAGGGGGCACUGGGACAUGUGCAAUCGAUCAUGUAACUUACACUUUGAAAAGAUAAAAAUAUACAUUGAGCCCCAGG